AUGCUUCAGCACGUCCAAAUUUUUCAACCACUCAAUCUCGGAAAGGUGGUGUUCGACGAGAUGAGCCGGCGUCUCUACGGCUUCUUUGAAUUUGGAUCAUUCUAUUCGGACACCGUCACCGACGCCUUGAGGUUUACAGAUUUGCUCGUGGUUAGUCCUACAGGACCGGGAAAGAGCAAUGCCUACAAGAUAUUAAUGAAAGGUAUUGAACCUUGA